AAGGAGAGGUGGUGGUUCAUUUAUCCGCUUUAUCUCAUCGCUCCCAUCAGGUUUUAUAAUAAAAAGUCGAGUCUUUUAACUUACAAGUGUUUGGGACUUUUCUCCUUGAUGUGGUUUAGUUGUUAAAAACAGGGUUAAUUGGGUUUUAGGACUUUUUGGCUCCUUUAUCCGGCAUUUUUACGCGCCGUGCCAGCCCCUGCGUUGCGCGCACCUGAGUCCGGCUGCCUCUCCAACAUGACUUCAACGCUCCAGGGCAACUAACCCACGAUGGUGGCCUCCACCCCCCGGUGACAUGCUUGCUGCAGGGAGCCUCGAUAACCGUGGAAUAACCACCGGGGUCCAGGUGUCAUGACGGAGAGCCGAUGUGGCCGUUUGGAGGAGCGCACCAGUUUGACGCCAGCUGGGAUUUGACUUUGACAGAGCGGCAGUUUGAGUUUGGGAUGCGAGAGAAAUCUUAGAGAGACAAUCCCCCCUGCGACUUUCACCUGGUUUAACGCGGGCUGCCCGGAGCCAUGGCCUCUGAGGUGGUGUGCGGGCUGAUCUUCAGGUUGCUGCUGCCUGUGUGUCUCGCAGCCGCUUGCCUGUUCAGGUACAAUGGCCUGUCCUUCGUCUACCUCAUCUACCUCCUGCUCCUCCCGCUCUUUGCAGAGCCUUCAAUCACGUCCAUGCAGGGCCACACAGGGCGUCUGCUGCAGUCCCUGUGCUUCACCAGUAUGUCCUUCCUGCUGAUGCACAUCAUCUAUCAGAUUACCAUCAACAGCCUCCUGGCCGGGAAGUCCAUCAACUCCGACUUCAACUGUUCCACGUGGGAGAAAUCCAUCCGACAAAUCGGCUUUGAGAGCGUGAUUGGUGCAGAUGCGGGGAACGGCAUCCGAGUGUUCAUCCCUGACAUCGGCAUGUUCGUGGCGGGCUUGGCCAUCUGGCUGCUGUGCCGCAGUCUGGUCCAGAAGAGGCCGCCUGAGGACAUGGCUCAGUACAACGCUGACUUCGAAGCAGAGGAACAAGAAGAAGAGGAGAAGCUGAGCCUGGACGACAACAUCCUGCUCGAGGAGGACUUCGAGGCGGGGUACGAGGCCGAGGAGGACGAGGAGUUUGAGGAGGAGUUUGAGGAGGAGGAAGAGGAGGUGGAGGAGGAACAGAAGGAGAGCACAAAGAGUAAGGUCCUGCGGAUAGUCGCGGAGGUUGCGUCCAAAGUGAAGGAGAUCAUCGGGAACUUGAUCACCACCGCGGGGAAGGUGGUGGUCACCAUCUUGUUGGGAAUGACGGGCAUCAUGCUGCCGUCCAUGACCUCUGCCGUGUACUUCUUCAUCUUCCUGUUCCUGUGCACCUGGUGGUCCCUGUGCCGCACCUUCGACACGCUCAUCUUCAGCUGCAUGUGCGUCCUGAUGGCCAUCUUCAGCGCCGGACACAUCAUCGUGCUCUACCUCUACCAGUUCCAGUUCUUCCAGGAGUCCAUCCGACCAGACGACGGCUACAUCAGCACGUUUGGCAUCUCCCCCAUCGUCCAGAGCAACUGCUCCUGCACAUGGAAGCUCAUCGUGCACCCGGAGCGUAAGUGGUACCACUUUGUGAAUCCCAUCAUGCUGCUGCUUCUCUACUACACGCUGGCCACGCUCAUCCGCCUCUGGCUGCAGGAGCCCAUCGAGCAACUGACGGACGACAAAGACGGGGAUGUGUGCGAGGAGGAGGAGCUCGUCGGAAACAGAACCAGUAACUCGGCCAAAGGGAGGAGGCAGAUGUGGUGGGAGUCACGCCAAGGAACUGAUGAGAAAAACCUCCUCUCCACCCAGGACGGCAUCAGUACGACUGAGGCUGUGCCACUCUCCAACGGGACGUCCUUUGAGUUUGUCACAACUGAGAAUGGACCGGUCUGUCUGGACUUGUACUCCACCCCCCAGUAUAAAAUGGACCAGCCCAACGAAGUUACAGAGAAGAAGGAUGAGUGUGUGUAUGAAGUGCGUUUACCCCCGGAGGAGUCGGCGCUGGACGAAGGAGAAGAGAAGACCGAGGAGGACGAGGACGGGAUCAAGCAGCGAGGAGUCAGCGCGAUGGUCAAAGUCUUUCACUUCAUCAUGAAGCAGAGCUACAUCUGUGCCCUCAUAGCCAUGAUGGCGUGGAGCAUCACGUACGUCAGCUGGUUGACGUUCGUCUUCCUCAUGUGGUCCUGCAUGCUGUGGAUGGUGAGGGACCGGCGGCGCUACGCCAUGUUGUCGUCUCCCUUCAUGGUGGCCUACGGCAACCUGCUGAUAGUUCUGCAGUACAUCUGGAGUUUCGAGGGGAUGGGAGUAGUCCCGGGGUUCUUCGUCAAGAAGAAAAACCCUUUCCACUCACUUUCCUCCAAGGUCCUGUGUCUGCUGAGCUUCUGGCUGCUGCUCAGACAAACGCUAACAGAGAGAUGGGAGAAACAAAAGGAAGACAGCGCUGGACUCUCAGACGUUCACGUGGUGGAUCAGGAGAAGAAAGAGGAGGAGGAGUCUGAGGACCGAGGCGAGCAGGACACCAUGCAGGUCCUGGGCAACAUGGUCAUGGCUCUGCUGAUCAAAUACUGGAUCUACAUUUGUGGGGGGAUGUUCUUCAUCGUCAGCUUCGAGGGAACCAUCGUCAUGUACAAGAUCAUCUACAUGAUGAUGUUCCUCUCCUGUGUGGCACUUUACCAGGUGCACUAUGAGUACUGGCGAAGGAUCCUGAAGUACUUCUGGAUGUCGGUGGUGAUGUACACCAUGCUGGUCCUCACGCUGGUCUACACCUUCCAGUUUGAAGGCUCGCUGGAGUUCUGGUCCAACAUGUUGGGCAUGGACAAGCCGAGCCUGAAGGAUUUGGGCCUGGAGCGGUUCAGUGUGUCCAUGUUGUUCACCAGGAUUUUCAUCCCCACCUCUUUCCUGCUGGUGUGUAUCCUCCACCUGCACUACUUCCACGACCGCUUCCUGCAGCUCACUGACCUCCAGGCUGUCGUGGCCAAAGAGGAGAGCACAAUCUACAGACUGGUGCACCAGGAUGGCAGUCUGGCAGACCUCACCUUGCUCAGCGCCAGCUCGGUGGACACGGCGCUGCCCAGAGAGCCGGAGGAGGUGCAGGACAAGCAGGAGGAGCAGGAGGUGUGGGAGAUGGAGAAGGAGAAGAAGCAGGCCCUGGUGGUGGUGAUGGACGACACUGACAUGGGUGGCGAGAAGCCAGGCAGCUUGCCCGACCUGCCGCAGUCCAGCACAGAGGAGAGCCACCACUGCAGUGCGGGGACCGGGCCAGAGCCGAGCACCGAGCAGAGCUCAGAUCUGAAAAAUAAGUGGCACCUGGUGGUCGACCGUCUGACUGUGCUCUUCCUCAAGUUCCUGGAGUAUUUCCACAAGCUGCAGCUGUUCAUCUGGUGGAUGCUGGAGAUCCACAUCAUCAAAAUAGUGUCCUGCUACAUCGUCCUGGUCUCUGUCAAAGAGGUGUCUUUGUUCAAUUACGUGUUCCUGGCGUCUUGGGCCUUCGCGCUGCCGUUCAGUCAGUAUCGGCCGCUCGCCUCCAGCGUCUGCAGCGUGUGGACGUGUGUCAUCAUCGUGUGUAAAAUGUUGUACCAGCUGAAGUUCAUAAAACCCCUAGGCUACUCCGCGAACUGCUCUGUGUCGGAGAUGUACUCCAGCGUCCAGAAGACUGAGCUGCAGACAUCUCUGCUGUAUGAGGGACCUGUGGAUCCGGCCAACUGGGUGGGACUGGACAAAUCUGAUGACCUGCUGGGAUACCUCAGGAACAACCUGUUGAUGUUGGCUCUCUUAGCGUUCGAGGUGACCAUCUACCGCCAUCAGGAGUACUUCAGGCUGAGGAACAAGCUGUCGCCCCCCGCUGCUCGCAUCAUCUUCCACGACACCACGCGGCAGCACCUGGACAUCGGCAUCGUCAGCUUCGUCAAAUACUUCGUCAACUACUUCUUCUACAAGUUUGGACUCGAGACGUGCCUUCUGCUGGUGGUCAACGUCAUCGGUCAGCGGAUGGACUUCUACGGCAUGCUUCAUGGCUUCGCCCUGAUAGCCGUCAUGUACCGGCGACGGAGGAAAGCCAUCGCGGAGAUCUGGCCCAAGUACUGCUGCUUCCUGGCCUGCAUGAUCACCGUCCAGUACUUUGUUUGCAUCGGGAUCCCGCCUGCAGCCUGCAAAGACUACCCCUGGAGGUUUCCCAGCUCUUUCACAGACUCCAAAGUGGUCAAGUGGCUCUACAUCCCAGAUUUCCGCUCCAAGCCCAAUCCGUCGUUCCUCAUCUAUGACUUCAUGCUGCUGCUGUGUGCCUCUCUUCAGAGGCAGGUGUUCGAUGACGAGAACAAGGCGGCCGUCCGCAUCAUGGCCGGAGACAACGUGGAGAUCUGCAGAGACCUGGACGCAGCCUCGUUCAGCGUCCACAACCCCGUCCCUGACUUUAUCCACAGCAGGUCCUACCUCGACAUGCUGAAGGUCAUCAUGUUCAGUUACCUGUUUUGGUUCGUCCUCACCAUCAUCUUCAUCACGGGAACCACGCGUAUCAGCGUCUUCUGCAUGGGGUACCUGGUCGCCUGCUUCUACUUCCUGCUCUUCGGCGGAGACCUGCUACUGAAGCCAAUCAAAAAGAUCCUGCAUUACUGGGACUUCCUCAUCGCCUACAACAUCUUUGUGAUCACCAUGAAGAAUGUUUUUUCCAUUCUGGCUUGUGGCUACAUCAACACUCUGCUCCAAAAGCAGUGCUGGUUGAUCCAGUUGCUCAGUUUGGCCUGCACCAUUAAAGAAUAUAAAAUCGACACCGACUUCGAACAGAGACAUCUGCCCUUUGAUAAGCGCUGCAAGGUGACCAAAGACGACGCCGGGAUCAUCUGGGACAGUAUCUGCUUCGCCUUCCUGCUGCUGCAGAGACGAGUCUUCAUGAGCUACUACUUCCUGCACGUGGUCGCCGACAUCAGAGCGUCGCAGAUCCUCGCAUCCAGAGGAGCUGAGCUCUUCCAGGCCACUAUAGUGAAGGCGGUGAGAGCCCGACUGGAGGAGGAGCGCAAAUCUGUGGAGCAGCUGAAAAGACAGAUGGAGCGCAUUAAAGUGAGGCAGCAAAAGUUUAAGCGGGGCAAGGAGAGGAUGCUUAGCAUGGCGCAGGAGUCCGGAGAAGGACAGACGCUGGUGCAGCCCGAGGACGAUGACGACGGGGCACAUCGAACGAAAGCCAAGACCAAAAAAAAGCAGUGGUGGAGGCCGUGGGUUGACCAUGCUUCCAUGGUCAGAAGUGGAGACUAUUACUUGUUUGAAACGGACAGUGAGGAGGAAGAUGAGGAGGAGGAGAAAAAAGACGACGAGCUUCCCAAAAAGUCGGCGUUUCAGUUCCUUUACCACGCCUGGAUCACAGACCCUAAAGCUGCACUCAGAGCUCGAGCAAAAGAGAAACGCAAAUUCUGGAAGAAAUACACAAAGGGAGUUAGACGCAGGAAAAGUAAGAAAGAUGCAGCUCAUGUGGCUGUAGAGGUUGGUGACUCGUCUGACGGGCAAGAAAAAGACGACAACAAGAAGUCUGCUGGACCAGACAACAUCAUCAAACGCGUGUUCAACAUCAUAAAGUUCACGUGGGUCCUCUUCCAGACGACGGUGGACAGCUUCACCAGGUGGUUGAACGACAUGUGCAGAGAGUACAUCGACAUCUCCACGGUGCUGCGCAUCGAGCGCUGCAUGCUGACGCGAGAGGUCAAAAAGGGUAACGUGCCGUCCAGAGAGAGCAUCCACGUCUACUACCAGAAGGCCAUGAGGCUCAACAUGUCCAGGCAGGCCAGUAUGGAUCAGCUGAGUGAGGACGAGUCGGUCUGCGGCUCCGCCCGAGUGCGGAGGAGGCGAGGAGGAUACGGCAUGGAGAGCCAGGACUCGACGGCCUCCAGAGACAGCAUAUCCAGUGCCGUCACUGAGGCCACCAACCUGUUUUCGCGCCAGUCCACGCUGGAGGACCUGGACGGCAUGCCGGAGUGCAUCCCCAAAACCAGCGAGCGCGCCAGGCCCAAGCUGCGUAAGAUGUACGGCCUGGACCAGUCCAACUCCUCAAUGGACAGUGCCAGCAGCUUCAUGUCCAGCGAAGCGACCCAGUGCAUCACUCUCUACUCCAGACAGGGAACCACAGACACUAUAGAAGAAGUGGAGGAUGAGCAGGAUCAAGGGGAGGACAAGCAGCAGGUCCCCUGGGAGUCCCAGCAGCUGGAUGACAGUGAGGUGCCUGAGGACGGUCCCUGGGGUGAAUCCAGGGAGACAGAGAAGGAUGACGGCGAGGGGAUGGAGGGGAUGGAGGGGACUGACGGUGAGGAGGCUGUGGAGGAGACAGAUGUACCAAAGAGCAAAGAGGGAGAAGAAGCUCCCUGGGCGUCUUUUGGCCCAGAUGAGGGCACUUCCCUCAGGGUGGAGGAGGCAGAGUGUGUCCCUUAUGUCCAGGACAAAGACUACAUCUCUGAGAGUGAAGACGGAGGAGGACAGCAGGACCUGAUGCAGACAGAGGGGCGGAUGGGACUGAUCUACACCCCCGACACGGACGCUUCCAAAGCGUCUGACGCUGACGUGCCUCCCAGCUACAGCAAGGCGGUCAGCUUCGACCGUCUGGAGCUGAGCGACGACGAGAGUGACAAGGACAGGAAGCGGCGUAUGAUUAUGACCUCAGACAGCCACUCUGACAGCAGGUCAGACAUCAUGUUACCGUCCAUGACCACCGAGCUGACCGCCAGUGAACUGCUGCUCAACAAGAUGUUUUAUGACGAAGAGCUGGAGCAGUCAGAGACUUUUUACCAAAGGCAGCCGCUGAUCCUCCAGCUCUUCUACGCCCUCUACAACAUGCUGGUGGCGCACUCUGAGAUGGUGUGCUAUCUGGUCAUCAUCAUCAACCACAUGGUGUCCGCGUCCUGCGCCACCCUGGUCCUCCCCAUCUCCAUCUUCCUCUGGGCCAUGCUGUCUGUGCCGAGGCCCAGCAAGCGCUACUGGAUGACUGCCAUCGUCUACACUGAGGUCACCAUUGUCAUCAAGUACUUCUUCCAGUUCGGCUUCCUCAACUUAAGCCUAAAAGGGACCGAUAAGAACAAACCAUUUUACCUUCCCAACAUCAUCGGGGUGGAGAAGAAGGACGGUUAUGUCCACUACGACCUGGUUCAGUUACUGGCUCUCUUCUUCCACAGAUCCAUUCUGAAGUGCCACGGGCUGUGGGACGAAGAAGACCCCAAGGAGAAGAGGGAGCCUCCUCGUCAGAGCGAGUCCUCGGACCGGGACGAGAGUGGGAAGGAGUCUGAAGCUGCCUCCUCGGUGAUCAGUGAGAGGAUGGGCUCCACUCACACCUUGAGGUCCUUAAACUUUGGGACCUCCAUAGAUUCCGGACACGUCCAGGUGCAGUUCCCGCAGCAGCAGACCUACCAGCGUCGCAAGAGCUCCAGUGGAGGCUCGCACAUCUCUCACCGAUCACUUCAGACGUCUGCCAGAUCAAAAAGAGGAAGCGCCACUUCCCACAACAGCAGCCGCAAGGACGGCAGCGAGGCCAGCGUCCACCAGAAGACCCGCAAACAGAUGAUUAUUGAGAAGCUCCGAGAGCAGCUCUAUAAAGGAAAAGCCUUCAUCAUAAAGCGGUUCUUGGAGAUCUACAUUCCCAUGAGGCAGUUCUUCUAUAACCUGAUCCAUCCAGAGUACAGUGCCGUCACAGACGUGUAUGUGCUGAUGUUCCUGUCCGACACUGUGGACUUCAUCAUCAUUGUGUUUGGAUUCUGGGCGUUUGGUAAACACUCAGCGGCAAACAUCACCUCGUCUCUGUCGGAGGAUCAGGUGCCGGGACCUUUCUUGGUCAUGGUCCUGAUCCAGUUCGGGACCAUGGUGGUGGACCGGGCCCUUUACCUCAGAAAGUCUGUUGUGGGCAAGGUCAUCUUCCAGGCUCUCCUGGUGUUUGGAAUCCACUUCUGGAUGUUCUUCAUUCUGCCGGGAGUCACUAACAAGCGUUUCAGUGAGAACACGGUUGCUCAGAUGUGGUAUUUUGUCAAGUGCAUCUACUUCGGCCUGUCGGCCUAUCAGAUCCGCUGCGGUUAUCCCACCCGCGUUCUGGGAAACUUCCUCACCAAGAGCCACAAUUAUGUCAACCUCUUCCUGUUUCAAGGUUUCCGCCUGGUGCCGUUUCUGACGGAGCUGCGUGCCGUGAUGGACUGGGUUUGGACCGACACCUCGCUGUCUCUGUCCAGCUGGAUCUGUGUGGAGGACAUCUACGCUCACAUCUUCAUUCUGAAAUGCUGGAGAGAGUCUGAGAAGAGGUACCCGCAGCCCCGAGGCCAGAAGAAGAAGAAGGUGGUGAAGUACGGGAUGGGAGGGAUGAUCGUGAUGCUGCUGAUCUGCAUCGUCUGGUUCCCGCUGCUUUUUAUGUCUCUCGUCAAAUCGGUAGCUGGAGUUGUCAACAAGCCGCUGGACGUCACGUUUGAAAUCACCCUGGCUGGUUUUCAGCCCAUCUUCACUAUGAGCGCUCAGCAAAAACAACUGCAGAAUGUGACACUGGUGGAAUUUACAAAAUUUACCAAGAAUUAUACAAACGAUGACGCCCUGCAGUGGCUGGAGGGCUACAUGCCAGAGGAUCUGGUCAUCGCUGAGCUGAAAGGCAGCUCCAACUCUCUGUGGACCAUCAGCCCCCCCAGCAGAACCCACCUGAUCGAAAUGCUGAACUCCACUGAGGACUUCCCCAUCACUGUGACCUGGACCAUUCAAAGAAACCUCAAUCUCGGUGCCAAGGCUGAAAUAGCAUCUGGAAAACGAGUGACGAAUCUGAACGAGACAACUAAGACGGAACUCGUAACUCUCCUGAGUGGGACAGGAAAUGCUUCAAGUGUGAAACUAACAAACAUGUUUCCUCGUUAUAUCCGAGCCCCCAGUGACUCCGAUGCCAAACCUGUCGAGCAGCUUUAUGAAGAUAAAGACAUUAUGAUGGACAUAAUUUUGACGUUGAAGCGACCAGAGAGUUCCUCCGAUCAGAAGCAGGAAUGGUGGAUCGUCGACCAGGCGGAGCCCGGCCCGAUAAAGAAGAGGAGUGAAGGGCGUGAAGGGCUGGAGCUUUACGUGUUCAGCGACCAAGUCAGUCCGCCCAGUUUGGGAUUCCUGGCUGGAUACGGGAUCAUGGGCCUGUACGCCUCGGUCGUUCUCGUCAUCGGCAAGUUUGUGCGCGAGUUCUUCAGCGGCAUUUCCCACACCAUCAUGUUCGAGGAGCUCCCCAACGUGGAUCGCAUCCACAAGCUGUGCACCGACAUCUUCCUGGUCCGAGAGACGGGGGAGCUGGACCUGGAGGAGGACAUGUACGCCAAACUCAUCUUCCUCUACCGCUCGCCAGAAACCAUGAUCAAGUGGACCCGGGAGAAAACUCAGUGAAACUCAGCGAGGGGACGUUAAAUCAUGGAGGCUUCUUUUCUGGAGACGCUGGGUGGUGUGAGCCGCUACUUCAGCCUGUUUACCAGCUGAUGGAGCACAAAGCCGCCGAGGACCUGGUGUGUCCUCCUCAAACUGAGCUCUGGUGGUGGUGACGCAGCGUUAGCUCCACACAAAAAACACUUUUUGAGUUAAGAACUGGUAUUUUUUACUCUUAACUGAUGAAAAACAGCAACAAAUUGCAGUUACAUUAUUAACGAUUGAGCACAAAUUUGCCGGUGCUGUUUGAAAAGCAGCUGGUGUUCAGUUGGAGAUGGACAAAUCUUUUUGGGGACAGUUUUUCUUAAGUUAUAAACAGUCUCCCGAUACUAAGGUGGAUUUUUUUUCCAAACACCCGUCGACUGCUCUUCACGCCUGUCGUCCUACAUUUACAGAGAAAGGCUCGCACUGGCCGCAACAUUACACUUUAAGGGCUUCCCACCAAAAAAUCGCUGCACAAUUAAUGACCACAUGAGCACAAUCUCGUAUUUUCUCCAACUGGAACACUUUUGAUUGUGGGACUGUGCAAUACUGAGCUCCUGUUUCUCCCGACGUGGACCGAAAGAGAAAGGCUGCGUCUGAGCAAGACACACGAACAUAGCCCCACUGUUUUGUUUUUUAAACGUCAGAGGCCACAUGGGAAACUCUGCAGAGACACGACAAACCGGAAACAUCAGACAAUCUUUACUUGCCUUAUUUUGUUUGUAUGAGACGAACUGAAACGCUAAUCAACUACAUAUCUUUCUCAGGAAGAGCAGUUUUCACAGAUAUUGUAUGUGUUUAAUGUUACAACAUUGUAGGCUUUGACGGAUUUAAAAGAUUACGAGACCGAAGAAGCGUUGAGAACUAUUUAAACGGCAUGAAACUUUAAAAUGUGGAUAUUGUCCAGAUGGACCGACACUGAGUAUGUUUACCGCACAUGGCCACAGUUUAUAAGGCUGCGUUCAGAAAGUACAUUUCAUCGCUGUGGACUUUUUUCCCCCUCCACACAGAAGGAGAUUAUUUGCCAAUCGUCUGAAUCCAUGUUCUGAACCACCUACAGGUUGGCUCGAGUCGAAACCAGCAGAGGGCUGUUUUCUGAAUCAGGGUAACGUGCAUUAGGUGGUGGACUCUUGCACAUCGCUUGUGAACCUCUCGCUGUUUUUAAACAUUCACGAACACUGUGGCGCCCACAGCUGUGCAGUCAGUCGUCAAGGAAAAACUGAAAGAUUCCUCACAUGAAGGGCUCUGACGUGAAGCCCUUUGGUCCAAACUAUGCAUUAGAGGACACUGUAGCAUGAAAGAGAAACUUCAUUAUUAAUUUUCAUUACAUGUACAUUCAAGUUUAAAGGGACGGGAUGAGGAGGAAUGAAAUGUGAAAAUGUACCUGUAUGUUAAGGUAAUGUGGUAUUAUAGGUCCAGAGAUCUGCAAAUAAAACGUCUGGAAAGGUG